AUGAAAGGCUACCUUGAUGUGUUGCUAGAAUUGUUUUAUGUCAAACCCUGGGCAACUCGAUCGUUGAUGGCCCAAGGUGACACCAUUUUGCAUGGAUGCGUGAGGUGCAACCAGCUUGAGGCUUUGAAGUUCUUGGCGACUGAAGGAAUUUCAGAUCAAGAGUUUGUGAAUUGUCUAAACUACGAGGGUAACACAAUCUUGCAUAUGGCAAUAGUUGCUAACCAAACACAGGCCAUAAAGUUUUUGAUUCGUCGGGAAGAGGUGGAUAAGAAUUGUAAGAAUAAAGAUGGCUUCAAGGCACUUGAUCUUUUAUCACAAAACCAAACAUAUGAGUUUGCUAACGAUGAGUCAUUGUCUGACGUAAUAAGGAACAACAUCUUAUCAUCCAAACAAGAACCUGAUGAAUCAAAUGCAAUACCGAAGUCUAAGAGAAGCAAUGUUGAUUGGUUGGAAAGAAAAUGCCACAACCUAAUCCUGGCAGCUUCGCUGCUAGCGAACAUGGCAUUCCAUGCAGCCGUCAAUCCUCCUAGUGGAGUUUGGCAAGACAACGACACUAGUCACAGGGCAGGGCAUUCUGUAUUUGCAGAUACAAAUCCAAAUACAUAUACCCAAUUCCUCAUAUCAAAUACAUUUGGUUUCAUGGCAUCUCUCAUCAUCAUCCAAUUGCUUAUAAGCGGAUUGCCAAUCCGGCGUAAAUUGUUUAAGUGGGUUUUAAUGGUCGUCAUGUCGGUUGCCAUUGCUGCCAUGGUAUUUGCAUAUGCAGUCUCUCUCGUACCUUUAACAUCCGAUCCUGCAUACUCUUGGCUACUCAUAAGGCUUUGGACCAUCUUCAUGAUCUUACUGUUUGCUGCGCAGGAGGUUCGACUGAUGAUUAAAUUUUUCAAGUUUGUGGGGAACUUAAUAAUGAGGUUCAUAAACUGGAUCUCUUCCGAAGCUUAA